AUGUCUGCUUUCUAUCAGACAAUGCCUCGAUCGAGGGCCCCGUUGCCAGCGAUCUCCAUUCAGCCAAACGUCCAAGACGGUACAUUCUGCAUGCCCGUCGUGGUACCCAAGAAACGAGGGCGUAAGCCCAAGCCCGUGGCUGAGAUGCAGGCAAAGCGACGAAAUGAUGACCGUGACAAGAAGAGACGAAAACGUGACAAGAUCAACACGCUGAUCAAGACUCUCGACUCUCUGGUGUCCAAUCAGGCAAACAAGACAAAACAGCAGCAACUCAGGCCAAGGACUCUCAAUGAAGUUCUACAAGCGGUGGUGGAGAGUGUAAAACACUCCAACAACCCUGGUCAGACCGACGGCUCUUUCAGUGCUGGCAGAAGGCCUGGUUCAGCCCCCUCCCCAGAGCUGGUCUCUCCUGAGACCUACCGGGAGAGUCUUGUCAAGUGCCCUGGAGCUGGGUUUGUUUCUUUCGACGCCUCCUUCAACAUCCUGAGCUCCAACACCACCAUGAUUGAGAUGCUCAUCGGGAACGAUGUGCUGGUGGACCUGGCUGGCUGCACGGGGUCGAACCCUGGUUCGCUCCUUGUGGGGCAGAACCUCUGCCAGUUCCUGAGCGAGAAGGAGAGCUACACGUUGAGAUGUGCUACCAAGAACUGCGCGGACGCGGACAAGAAUGAACAAGGAGUUUUCAUGAUCUCGCUAGAAAUGUUCAACAAGGAUGGCAGCCGAGUUUUGAUGCCGGCAAGGAUCGCUUUCUCUCAGAUGACCAAGGAAGCUUUCUUGUUCAGCAUGUGGGUCGUCAGGCCGCUGCCUCUUGGCAGCGAGCACAUGGACCGGGCCUUGACGAGGAUCAUGCCUAACGUGACGGCCGAUGAGUCUUGCGACUACGAGUGCGUGGAAGACAAGGGCUACUGGAUCGAGAACGGAGGGCAGAACCAGUCGGGCCCUUCGCUCUUCGGAGCAGGGAUAAUCGAGAAGCUGACGAGCAAGGUGCAUUCGACGGGGCCGCACGAGAGCAAGCAGAUCAUUCAAGACGCCAUGACGCAGAUGUUGAACGUGGAGAGUAGCAUGUCCAACCCCUUCGACGACUUCCACAGCGGGGGACGAGACUCCAUGACGGACCCGCUCAGUAUCAAGGAGAGGUUCGUGGCUCAGAGGACGAAAGGAGGCUCCUUCCAGGGCCAGUACAACCUUGUCGGGGUCCCAGUGAAAGUGUUCACGAUCCAGGAGAACAGGUUCAGGGUUGAGAGCCUGUUGAUGCAGCGAAUUAUCAAGUCGUCGUUCGUCGUGACGGGCAUGGCGGUUCCCCUGGAGGAUGGGAGCAUCUGGCUCCACUCCGAGCAAGACAUGAAGGAUGCAACUUCCAACAACUUGGCUCAGUCGGAGAGAUUCUUCUAUGAGGGCAUCUUGUCCUCUGACGGAUGCGAUCGCUUCAAGUACGAGAAGUUCCUCAUCACCAGCGAUCUAAGGCUCUCUUCCUCAUCAAGACGCUACUCUUGUGCUUGCAAUCCUUCCUUCGUGCCUGUGUCGAUGCCUCUCCAUCCUCUCGAGGUUCAGAACAUCGUCUCCUUCUCGGGUGAGAUCUGGGACGACGGAGACGUUCUUGGGACGUACCCGGUCUUCGAGUCCCUCGGGACAUUCGAGGGGAAGGUGCUGGACCAGCUGGGAUUGAGCUCGGGACAGUCCAUCUGGAGCAUGUCGUAG